CACAAAUGAUAACCACUAUUAAAUACAGAGAUCAAAAUCUUUUCAUAGUCACCCUCUUCCCCUCCCAUCUCUCUUCUCCUCAUUCAUCAAAUGGAUACCAUCAUCAACUUUCACUUCAAACGCUUCACUAAAACUCUAAUCUUCCUCCUUCCUUGCUUUCUCUGUAUAUAUUCUCAAGCCUCUCUAUUGCCCCCACUACCAUUAAUACCAGACCUGUUAUCCUUCUUAGACCUCAGACUCGCGCUUAUUUACCCCAUUAUCCAAACCUUCAAGGACACAAUCACAUCUGAUCCCUUAGGCAUCACCAGCACUUGGGUUGGAUCUGAUGUAUGCAACUACACAGGUUUUUACUGUGAUCACCCGCCUGACAAUGAAUCUGCCACCGCCCUUGCGUCCAUCGAUCUCAACAGCUUUGGCCUCGAAGCCCCAACUCUUGACGGCUUCCUCGACCGACUACCGGAUCUUGCUCUCUUCCAUGCCAAUUCCAAUAAAUUUUCUGGCUUUUUGCCGGGAAAACUUGCGAAACUCCCAUUUUUAUACGAGCUAGACGUAAGUAACAAUAAAUUUUCCGGUCCUUUUCCUCAGGAAAUUCUUCAGAUGAGUGGCCUAUCAUUUUUAGAUAUUCGAUAUAAUUUCUUUUCAGGGCCUGUUCCUCCCCAACUUUUCUUGUUAAAACUAGAAAUACUCUUCCUGAAUAACAAUAAUUUUGGUCAAACUCUCCCGGAUACUCUGGGUUCUACACCGGCACGUUAUAUCACCUUGGCUAACAACAAAUUCACCGGUCCAAUACCAAGUAGCAUCGGCAAGGCUUCUGCAACGUUACAGGAAGUUUUGUUCUUGAAUAAUCUAGUCUCAGGCUGUCUCCCAUAUGAACUAGGGUUUCUGAAAGAAGCUACGGUUAUUGAUGCUAGUAACAAUCUAUUAACUGGUCCAUUACCACGGUCGUUAGGGUGUUUGGGGAAGAUAGAGCAGCUCAACUUUGCUGGAAAUUUACUAUACGGGCAGGUGCCUGAAGUGUUGUGUGCAGCGGGAAGUUUGGUGAAGUUAUCUUUGUCAAAUAAUUAUUUCACUCUAGUUGGACCGUUGUGUAAGAAUCUGGUCGAUAGUGGGGUUCUUGACGUGACAAGAAAUUGUAUUCCUAAUCUUCCGAAUCAGAGAUCGGCGGCGGAGUGUGCAUCUUUCUCUUCGCGGCCUAGGACUUGUCCGCGCCCCUCAACGUUUAACACAAUUCCUUGCAAGGUUAAACCAAUGAGCAAUCCCGAAACGAGAACGAAGAAAAAUUCAGUUACUUAUAGUGCUCUUGAGAGGCACAGAGUACCUUGAGGCUUCUUUUUGUUAUAUUAGAAUUUUUAACCAAAAAUUUAGCUGUAAAUAGAGAAAAAAACAAAAAAUAUUACAAGCAUAUUGUCCUUUUCUUUUCUUUUCCUUUUUUAUUUCUUUUACCUUUUAGUCUUGACUUCACAUCCAUGAUAGCUGGAGAUUAAGUAUCUAAAUGUAUAUUAGAUGAUUAAAGGGCCCGAGAUUUGAAAGAUUAUAUCAAUUUAUGAAAUUCAAUAAUGAACAAAAGAUCAAAAACAUGGUUGAAAAGUCAAGUUAGAUGUAUAAGCUGUUUAUUUUGCUUGCUUUUUUUGUGGUGGCUGGUAGAAAUUGGUCAAGCAGGGCCGCCACAUAUUCAAGACGCACCUAAUGUGGGUGAUGUAAUAUGGGCCAAGAAGCAAGAAAAUUUGGCAUAUCAACCGAUGAUU